GCCACCCACAUCAUCCACCAUGGGAAGGCUCCGAGGAGGCCACUGGCGCCCGCGCCCCUGCCGACCGAGCCGCCAUUCCCUGGGCCUUGGAGCCGCCCGCCAUGAUGCCCACACCGCCCUCACAGGUUCGUCAGAACUACCGCCUUGAGUGUGAGGCCGCGCUCAACUGCCACGCUGCCCUGGAGUUCCACGCCUCCUUCCAGUGCCUGGCCCUGGCCUUCUACCUCGACUGUGAUGAUGUGGGCUUGAAGCACUUCUACCGCUUCUUCCUGCUCCGCUCUCACGAGCACAGCAAGACAGCCGAGAGCCUGAUGUUCCUGCAGAACCAGCGUGGGGGCCGCGUCUCCUUCUUCGACAUCAGAAAGCCUGAGACCCAGCAGUGGGAGAGUGCACUCCAGGCCAUGCAAGACACCCUGCACCUGGAGAAGUGCGUCAACCAGAGCCUGCUCGACCUGCACAAGCUGGCCACCGACAGCAGCGACGCCCAUCUGUGCGACUUCCUGGAGACUGGCUACCUGGACCAGCAGGUCAAGUUCAUCAAGGAGCUGGGAGAUCAUGUCAGCAACCUGAGCAACGUGGGGUCCCCGGAAGGCAGCCUGGCAGAGUACUUCUUUGACAAGCUCACCUUGGGCGACGGCGACAAGGAGGACUGAUCCUAGACUGGACUUUCCCCUGAGUCCCGGGUGACUGCCCAAGGUCACCCUGCCUGCCAUGAAGUCUGCAGUAUUGCCCUUGCAGAAAAACUUCACUUUAGUUUUUUUCUUGCAGUUUUGGCAGUUCUUCACAUAAAAAGUUAUUGGUUGUUCAAAUAAAGUUAAUAGUUGAUGCAUAAAUAAACGUCUCUAAUUUGUA